CGCGGAGGAGCCCGGAGAAGCAGCUCUUCUUCCUCCCUCCCCUACUCCCCUCCCCGCUCCCUUCCCCCCUCCCCAAGAAUGUUCCGCUACGAGUCUUUGGAGGAUUGUCCUCUAGAUGAAGAUGAAGAUGCAUUUCAGGGCCUAGGAGAGGAAGAUGAGGAGAUUGAUCAAUUCAAUGAUGAUACAUUUGGGUCAGGUGCAGUUGAUGAUGAUUGGCAGGAAGCACAUGAGCGCCUGGCUGAACUGGAAGAGAAGCUACCGGUGUCAGUUAAUGAACAAACAGGCAAUGGAGAAAGGGACGAGAUGGACUUGUUGGGUGAUCAUGAGGAGAAUCUGGCAGAAAGGCUUAGUAAGAUGGUGAUUGAGAAUGAACUGGAAGAUCCAGCUAUCAUGAGGGCAGUGCAGACCAGGCCAGUUUUGCAACCCCAACCAGGAAGUCUCAAUUCCAGCAUCUGGGACGGAUCUGAAGUUCUGAGGCGAAUCCGGGGACCACUGCUUGCUCAGGAAAUGCCUACAGUGUCUGUACUAGAAUAUGCCUUGCCCCAGAGGCCCCCACAGGGCCCAGAAGGUGAUCGGGAUCUCUCUGAGCGUGCGUUACCCAGGCGGUCAACGUCACCAAUCAUUGGGAGUCCUCCUGUGAGAGCUGUCCCCAUAGGCACCCCACCUAAGCAGAUGGCAGUACCCAGCUUCAACCAACAGAUUCUGUGUCCGAAGCCUGUCCACGUUCGGCCCCCGAUGCCACAGCGUUACCCUGCUCCCUAUGGUGAGAGGAUGUCUCCCAACCAGCUCUGCACUGUCCCGAACUCGUCCCUCCUGGGUCACCCUUUCCCUCCAAGUGUCCCUCCCGUUCUCAGCCCUCUUCAGAGAGCACAGCUUCUUGGAGGAGCACAGCUACAGCCUGGACGGAUGUCUCCCAGCCAGUUUGCACGGGUCCCGGGAUUUGUCGGUAGUCCACUUGCCGCCAUGAAUUCCAAGUUGCUGCAAGGGCGAGUUGGGCAGAUGCUUCCCCCAGCACCAGGCUUUCGUGCCUUCUUUAGUGCUCCACCCACAGCCGUACCACCUCCUCCACAGCAGCAUCCCCCCGGUCCAGGACCCCACCUGCAAAACCUAAGAUCUCAGGCCCCAAUGUUUCGACCAGACACAACUCAUCUUCACCCACAGCACCGACGACUCCUGCAUCAGAGGCAGCAACAGAAUAGAAAUCAGCAUCGGAAUCUCAAUGGUGCAGGAGAUAGAGGAAGUCAUCGGAGCAGUCAUCAAGAUCAUCUUCGAAAAGAUCCGUAUGCCAAUCUCAUGCUGCAGCGAGAGAAGGAUUGGGUCUCUAAGAUCCAGAUGAUGCAACUGCAAAGCACUGACCCCUACCUGGAUGAUUUUUAUUAUCAGAAUUACUUUGAGAAACUGGAGAAACUGUCAGCUGCCGAAGAGAUACAAGGUGACGGCCCUAAGAAAGAGCGCACCAAGCUUAUUACCCCUCAGGUGGCCAAACUGGAGCACGCCUAUAAGCCAGUGCAGUUUGAGGGCUCUCUGGGAAAACUCACCGUCUCUAGUGUGAAUAAUCCCCGAAAGAUGAUCGAUGCUGUUGUCACAUCCCGGAGCGAGGAUGACGAGACAAAAGAAAAGCAGGUUCGGGACAAGAGACGAAAAACCCUUGUCAUAAUUGAGAAAACGUACAGUUUACUCCUGGAGGUAGAGGAUUAUGAAAGACGCUAUCUCCUGAGUCUGGAAGAAGAGCGGCCUGCCCUGGUGGAUGAGAGAAAGCACAACAUUUGCAGCAUGUAUGACAACCUGAGGGGGAAGUUGCCUGGACAAGAGAGGCCAAGUGAUGACCACUUUGUGCAGAUCAUGUGUAUCCGGAAAGGGAAGAGGAUGGUUGCCCGUAUUCUUCCCUUCCUCUCCAUGGAGCAGGCAGCUGACAUUCUCAUGACAACAGCCAGGAAUCUCCCUUUUCUUAUCAAGAAGGACGUACAAGAUGAGGUGCUGCCAUGCUUACUGAGUCCCUUCUCUGUCCGCCUCUAUCACCUUCCGUCAGUGACUGUCACCAGCAUCCUGCAGCAGCUAAUGAACCUACCUCAGAGCGCAGCUGCACCAGCACCCUCCAACCCUCACCUCGCUGCUGUGCUCCAGAACAAGUUUGGCCUGUCACUGCUCCUCGUUGUCCUGAGCCGCGGGGAAGACCUACAGAGUUCAGAGCCUGCUGCCGAAUCAACACAGAACAACCAGUGGGCAGAGGUGAUGUUCAUGGCAGCCCGAGAGCUUCUGCAGAUCCCCCAGGCAGCCCUAGCCAAGCCCAUCUCCAAACCCACCAACCUGGUGUCCCUCUUUUCACGUUACAUUGAUCGACAGAAACUGAACUUGCUGGAGACGAAACUACAGCUGGUUCAGGGGAUACGAUAA